UCUACUCGGCCAAACUCGUGGGGGGAAAAAAAUGGGCGUCCUCGAGCGUGGUGCGUCUCAGCCCUCUGUACAAUCGGAUGAUCCCGGGUGGGCGGAGCCAAGUAGUAGGAAAUGGUACUUGGUUGGCUGACAGCCCCCAAGAAAACCGGCGGCGAGCGCCACAUUACUACCUGGCAGUGCCACUGUACAUCCUCCGCCGCUUCUUCCUCAUCAUUACUGCAGCAGCCAUUGAGCAAGAGAAACCCUCACGGGCCAAAACUGCAGUCACUCACAAAACAACAAACACGCAGAAGCAACUUACGAACCAAGCAACAACUUUGUAUGCUGCGGCCUCUAGAAGUGUCUGCGGAGGGCUCGGAGAUUAACGCUCAAGACAAGCGGCUGCAGGAUGGAGACCCAGAUACACGUGCCCGUCGGGUCGCCGGUCAUUAGGAAGAUUGCCAUUUUCGUGGACGAGCACAGCGUAGCCGAGGGGGCGAUGAAGCUCAUCAAAGAGCUGAGACCGGCGUGGGACAGCAGCCACGUCAAGACCAAGCUCUUCACCGACGGCACCACCAACAAGCUGGUGGGCUGCUAUGUGGAGGACAGUCCAGAUGAUGUAGUGCUGGUUCGAGUGUACGGAAACAAGACAGAGCUGUUUGUGGACAGAGACAAUGAGCUCAAAAGCUUUCAGGUGUUACAUGCUAAUGGCUGUGCUCCCCGCCUCUACUGCACCUUCCAGAACGGCAUCUGCUAUGAGUUCAUGCAGGGGGACGCUCUUGGGACGCAGGAUGUCAGGGAUCCUUUCCUGCUCAGACUGAUAGCCAGGGAGAUGGCUCGUAUCCAUGCUAUCCAUGCACACAACGGCUGCAUCCCAAAACCUAACCUCUGGAUAAAGAUGAGAAAAUACUUCUCCCUCGUGGCCACGGAGUUCACCGAGCAAGCCUCCAACAUCAGGAUCCAGCAGGAGGUUCCCAGCAAGGUGGUGCUCGAGCAGGAGAUGGUGUGGAUGAAGGAACAUCUCUCCACACUGGGUUCCCCUGUGGUGCUCUGCCACAACGACCUGCUCUGCAAGAACAUCAUCCACAACAGCAAAGAGAGUCAUGUUCGGUUUAUAGACUACGAAUACUCCAGCUACAACUACCAGGCCUUCGACAUCGGCAACCACUUCAAUGAAUUUGCAGGUAUGGCUGAGCUGGACUAUGGACUGUACCCCAGCCGGGAGAUGCAAAUGGACUGGCUCCAGGUGUACCUGCAGGCAUACAAACUAUUCACCAAGAAGACGGAGGAGGUCAGCCCACGUGAGCUGGAGACACUCUAUGUACAGGUCAACAAGUUUGCUCUGGCAUCUCACUUCUUUUGGGGCUUCUGGGCACUCAUCCAGGCAAAAUACUCCUCCAUCGAUUUUGACUUCCUCGGGUACGCUGUGCUUCGUUUCAACCAAUACUUCAAGACCAAACCUGCAGUGAUGGCCAUGCAGAUCCCAGAAUGAAAGCAGACCAACGAGGAAAGGAUAAGGAGAUGAAGACAGGCGGGAGGGUGUACCAGGUUUAAUGCUGGGACCUCCUGUAGGGUGGGAACUAUUCUCCGUGAGCCAGCUAUUGUUGAAUCACUCCCUGGUUUACCUGGCAUCCUUUUCUGCAACAAGCACAGUUGCCCUUUUAUUCCUCCAGACUUAGCUCCACAUCUGUCACAACUCUAGCUCAAGAAUGAUACAACUUCCAUGGGUUCUCUGUGUGUAUGUGAGUGUAUGCUUGUGUGUGUUCUUAAUUUAUCUCGAUAAACCUGAGGCCUCGCUUUCCCUCUGCAUCUGAACCAGCCAUUGUGAGCACGCAGUCCAAGUUUGGGGUAGAGAUCUCUUAUUAAAACCUGCUUCAUUGCCAGUCACACUGGCGCCAAAAUGUUCCACAACACUGGUAAUGAAGGUCAGAAGAGGAAUGAGAGUCAGGAGAGUUAGUUAGUCCAGUUCUCUGUGCAAUGUAUUUAUAGCUCAAUGCCACGACUUCAUUAUUGUUAUACUGGCUACAGACAUUUUAUCCUGGAUUCCUCACAUUCGGUGUGCGGUGAGACAUUCCUCCUUCUGUCUGAAGAUAUUUAACGGUUUGAAUUCUAAUCUACCUGAUCCUUCCUCUUAUUCUCCAUUGUUGGUGCUAAAUGCUCAUAGAUGCGGUAUUUCUGUACUGUACUUCCCAGAGAUCACCUGUGCAUCUAUUGCUGUGGGCAGCACCGUGUUGUCUUCUUUCCUUGAACUGAUGCAGUUUGAGCUUCUCCCACUUCCUCGUCUGAAUAUUCCAAACAUACUGCUGUCGCUGCUGCUGAAAUAUGAAACAUUAUUUUCGGUGUGAACGUGGACUUUCCCCCUGGGAGGACCUGACAUGUGGACAGGCAAAUGGAAAAGCUUUUUGUGGACUGGCUGUAGGUUGAAUCACUAUUGUGUUGUAGCAGUCAGUGAUAGAGAAACUAAUUUUGCAUUUAUUUAUGUGAGGACAUUGUGGAUUAUUUAAUAUUGCAGGUCAACGACUCCUCAGUUUGGGUUAAGUUUAGUCAGAGGAGGGGGGCCACAGUAGAUAAGAAGAAGGAGACCUGUGUUGAUGUCACUUUAAUCUCUGUCCAUUUCUGUCCUCAAACCAUUUUUCCACCUCCUUGACUUUUAUGGUCCGAGCGUCCCACUCUGUUAAACUUUCCAGACCUCUUGGAAAAUCCUUCCUCUCCUCCCCCUCCUCUAAUGCUUUACUGUGUCUGCUCCCUCCCUGCACUGUUCCUGUGAAUAUUUAUACAGUAAGGCCUGUUCCACUGGCCACCUUAACAUCUCAGUCCAGCUCUGUAAUCCAUUCAACUCGCAGAAUCACAGACAGAUUUUUCUUACGUAAUCGGACAUUGCGUAAAUUGUGCUGAGAGUCAAAUCAAGUCUAGCUUUAAAAAAAAGAGAGGCUGCAAUCGGUUUUCUAGGGCUUCGUGUUCAUCAUGAGAUCACAUCUUGUGGAUGGAAAAAGACGACAUCUGUCUCUUCACAUUCUAAAACGUAUUUUAUAGAAGGGAAUGAAUCCUUGUUUGACACAAAAUGCGUAUAUCCUUAAAACUUUAUAAUCAUUAAAGGGGGACCGCAUUUACCCAUCAAAAUCUGUUUACAGGUAUCGGGUAGUACUAUUCCAAAUAUGAAUAUAGAGUUAAUAAAACCGUAUAUUGCUCCAGUGAGCAACUUAAAAUCUUAUAAAUUGACUCAAGUGAUGUGACUUGAGUCUGCAUCGGUGUGGGGUACAAAUUUGAAAAUGGCAAAAGAAAAAAACAAGACGUAUGAAGUUUAAAAGAUGUGAGCUUACAGAUCUCUGUAGCCCCUAGUACCGUAUUGUUUUUACAUGAGGAAAUAAAAUAAUAUUCUGCUUGUGGUCCAGCAAAGGGCUGGUUUAUUUUCACCAUAGUAAAUAAACCAAAAUGGAGUCUGUUUGGCGACUUAAUUGAAAGCAGCUGCUUUAUUCUACAAAGACAACAAACCUGAGGACUGAUGCUAACUAACAUGAGCACCCGGGGUAUGGAUUAUAUGUACGUUAUGUAAUGUGAAUGCAUUUAAAGUCAAUUGAACUGAAUAUUGUGCACGUUUAGAUUAAUUUGAAUUCCCCUCAUAAAUAUUCACUCUGUGAAAGUGACAGACCUAGUAACCAACUCCUCAUUUCAGCUUGAGGCUACAGUUGGAUUCCUCCAGGGAUUCUCAUUAGUCUGUGAACUCUUUGGUUGAUACACUUCAGAUGUAGCUGUCUGAUCUUGUCUGUCCUAAAGGGUCUUGACAAAUGACAAAUAAGAGCAACAUAUCUGCAACUUGGUAAAACUGCAACCACUGACUGGUAUUUAUUUUCACCAUUUUAGCUUGAGAAAUGAAGCUACAACUAAGCAGUUAUCGGAAUAGUUUGUGAUUAUUCUUGUUCCAAUCGACACAGAAGACAUGAUACCACUGUUUUCACAGGCUGGGUAGUAGAAACCAUGAUUUAACAGUUAUUGUGCCCCUUAAAUAAGCACAGUUGGCCUUCAUCGCCCUUACUGGUUAAUUUCUUUUUUUCUUUUUUUGUCAUUCCUGCCCUUGAUAGUUUAAGAACAGCAACUUAAAUUUCAAUAAGAUAUUUCCUUCUUUCAUUCAAUUGCCCCAAAGUAAAAUUUUGAAUAUUAUUUAAAACAAACUUUUUAUGAACUUCAGGACAGGAGUCACCACUCCUCCCCAUCAUCGACACAAUCACUGAUCUGACUGAAGCUGUCCAUUCAUGCUGGGCUCCAGAAAAGAGGAGUGCCUACCCUCACCCACACAAAUUGACCCAACGGGGGGAAACUCAUUUGUCCCCCACAACUGACGGGUUUAAUAAUUUCCAAGGUGAGCAGCAGCCUUCCUGAACAGCAGAGCAUAUAGAGACUAACUGAUGAUAAUGGUUUCCAGUCAGGAUGUUUGCUGAGUGUUUUUAGACAUUUAGAGGGAUCAUAUUUAUGUCUGAAAUGUGUCCAUGGUUCUUAGAAGUGCUGAUCAGAGCUGUGUGUAUAUGAAUUAUAACUCAGUUUAGGGCUUUGUUGGGCAAAAUGGGGUAAAGGUGAAUUUAGAGAAAGAUGUACCCAUGAUGGCACUUAUUGGGAGCAAAACCUUUUUUCUUUUUUUUCUAAUCUGCAAUCAACCGCAAUGAAUUUUUAGUUUGCGAAUAAUUGAGAGGCCCUUUAUUUAGGGAACUAAGAGUGGAGUAAUCUACUUAGUAGACUUGCAGACAAAGGCCAAAUUAGAGAGCUUGCUGCUUGAAUGCACAAUCCUAAUACCCUGGUAGGAAUGUAGCCUAGAUAAAAAGGGCAUUUGCACUCCAUGAGCACUGAACGAAGGAAACUGACCCCGAGAGGACUUCGUCUGUUGACACAUUUUUGGAUUUUUAUUUGGUCUGGUUCAUUUUAUUUCUUCUAAAAUGGCAUCUAACACUGGCCAUUGGGUCUAGACACUGAUGUGAAAGGCUAAAGGCUUCUGUAAAUGUAGGGUUGAACUGAAAACACAUUCCACACAGGAGUCACCUUACCCACUGUGUUGUUUGAAACUGAAAUGUUGGUCACCAAAACUGAACAUUUUCAACCCUGUGUUUUCUAAAGACUACUAUAUGUUUCUCACAUCAUGUUCCCAAAACCGUCAUGUCCCCCUUCUAGACUUCUCUAAGGGAAACACUGACACACGUCACAACCACUAGAUUUAAAUUACCAUUUGUACUUUAUAAUUUCAAGUCAAGGUCCACUUACUAGCUUUUUUAGGAGCUUUCAGCUGCAUGACUACAUAGGAUCAUGGUUAGUCGACAUAGUUUACAUUGUGAUGAAUCUGAGUAAGCGUUGCUGUCAAACUACAUUGUACAAGGAAAAAAUAAUGUAUUGAUACCAAAUUUUGGGGUUUUACAUAAGAAAUGUUAUCGAGUGUUGGAUGUAAAGUGCUUACAAAUUAUUUUCAUGGUGAUAAAGUUAAUGAUUGGGCCUUUGAACAUCCAUAGACAAAUGAUCUGAAGUGAGAAGAUAAACCCCGAGACUUGUUGUCUUAUAUCAACUUAUUUUGUUUACCAAUAAGUUAGCAGAGGCUAGCUGAAGGUUUUGCACUGACAAUGACAUUUGACCUUCUUUUUCAGGCCACAGAACGGAAAUGUGAGGUUUAAAUUCACGUGAGUGUCAUGUACAUUCUCUGAAUAAUUCAUGUUUCGGAUCAACAUUAAUAGAAACAACAUUGACUUUGUCACUACACACUGGGUAAGGUGACAAUAAGCCAAAGUUAUUGUGAAUAUUUCAUGAAGUUCAUGAUACAUUUUAUCUGUUUCUUUGGCGACCACUCUGAUCCCAGAUUGGCUGUCUGAAUUUCCACGCUGACCGUCAAAGAUUUCCCUCUGUAUGUUUAGCCUCGCGAUGUGUUUGAGAGCAGUUUUUAAAAAAGGUUUAUUUAUUGAGUGAAUCUAACAUUGUAUUUCACACACUUUAUUUUGUUGAUUCUCUAAUCAUACCAAAAUGGUGAGCUUCAGAGAGUUUGCAUUGCAGUUCAUUUGAGAUUAAAUAUUUUUGUGCACACUGUACAGAUAACUGAUUAUUUUGUCCGUGUUAAACUGAAAUUUACUUUUUGUAAAUGCUUUCACUUGAAAUGUAGAGCGCUGUGUAAAGGGAGCCAGUGUUUGGCUUGUAGAUGUGACUCUGUAAUGUACUCAUCCACUGCGUCAAUGUGUGUGGAGAUGGAGGAUGUAAAUACUGUAAGAAAUACUGUGAAACGCUUACUGUACACUACAGUGAUCCUUCACAUCUCUGUAGGAGUGGCAAGAAUAAUUAUUUAACAGUUGUCAGUAAAUUUCCAUAAAAAUGGUUUAAAAAAAAAAGUAUACUUCUGAUUUCUCUGGUCUCAAAGGUGUUGGGAAUUCAUAAAACUACAAAUAUCUGACUUUA